AUGGAAAAUUAUUUUGCAACACAACGUGACCAUAUUUUCCGUAAUGUAGAAGUACUAAUAUAUGUAUUUGAUGUUGAAUCUCGGGAGAUCGAACGAGAUAUGCAUUAUUAUCAAGAUUGUCUUGAAGCAAUACUUGCAAAUUCUGAAGAUGCCAAAAUUUUUUGUUUAAUUCAUAAAAUGGAUUUAGUACAAGUCGAGGAAAGAAAUCGAAUAUUUAAUGAAAGAUAUAAUGAAUUAAAAACGAGAUCCGAACCUUUGAAAAUUACUGCAUUUGCCACAUCUAUAUGGGACGAGACACUUUUUAAGGCUUGGUCGUCAAUAGUUCAUUCAUUAAUUCCUAAUGUAAAACUUUUUGAAUCACACCUACAAAAUUUUGCUACUAUUUGUGAAGCUGAUGAAGUUGUAUUAUUUGAAAGAACCACAUUUUUGAUUAUUUCUCAUUCUACGCUGAUUGAACAUCCUGAUGCUCACAGAUUUGAGAAAAUUAGUAAUUAUAUGAAACAAUUUAAAUUAAGUUGUAGUAAAGCUCAUUCGCAAUUUAGAAGUAUGGAAAUUCGGCAAUCAAAUUUUGCUGCAUUUUUUGAUAUUUUAACAGCGAAUACAUAUAUCAUGAAUCAGCUGCGACUCAAAUGA